AAAGAAUAUUAUAAAAGUUUUUUGUUUGUUAUUAACACUAAUUCCAAAAAAAAUGUUAUAAAACAUUGUUUUGUUUAGUGUUAAACAUAUCGUUUAUACCUGUAGAUAAUUAAAUAAUAUCCAAAAUUUAAUCUUAACCAAUAUAAUCAGAUUAGAAGCAUCGUCGUUAACGGGUAGAGUGACGGUUUUUGGUAUUGCUCACUUUUUUUUAGAAGUGAAAAUUUUAAAUACGGGAAUGGGUAUGGAUAUGGACGAUAUGGAAGGCAAUUUUUUUAAGUACCUGUAUAUAAUUCUUGCCGUGGUAGGAGUUUUUAUUUUAUUGGCAGGAAUAAUUAUUUGCUGCAGGUUAAGAAACCGAUCAACUAAAAGCACAAUAAUUUAUGGUAGUCCUAGUGUUGCUGGUGGUCAAGGCGUAUUAACAACUCAAUCAGUAUAUCAUCAAUACGGUACAGCUAAUCGACAAAUACCGGUUUCUCAUGGUACACCUAUGAUGGGCACGCAGCCGUCUUCAAAUGUAUCCGGUUUUCCAAACCCAUACAGCAAUUAUUCGCCCCAGACCUAUAUACAGAGUCCUCCGUACCCCACGGGAAACGAAUUUCCUCAAAUACCCCAGCAAUCUCAACCACAAGCGGUAUCUACUCCGCAUUAUAAUAUAGAAAGCAAAAGCAAUCCUCAAUUUACUUCAGCUCCACCCUACACUACUAAUGAAACAUGUAACUCCCCUCCAAGUUACGAAGAAGUACAAACCGAAGGUAAUCAGAAACAGCCAGCAUAUAAUCCUAAUUUUACGAAUAAUUCUGGUAAAUAUUAAAAAGAUGUGAGAGAAGUAGAAGAAAAUAAAUUGUUGGAACGAGUAAUAAAAUCGCUAAUGUGAUUAGUGGGAUCAACAAUUGUACAUUAUUUAUUAACUAUGCUUUCGUCGAGAUUCAACUCAAGUGUAUGAGAGAGUAAUAUUUCUAUUUUUAUUUUAGAUAAAUAUACGUAUUAUAAGACCUUCAAUUUCAAUUUUAUA